AUGCGCAAGCUUUCGCUCAGGUACUACGCCAUCAUGUCCCCUCUGAGCUUCCGGUGGACUCGCAAGCGUGGCCCUUACAUCAUCCUGGCCAUCUGGGUGGUGGCUGCGCUGUUGUCAAGCGUGCAGUUCGUUCAUGGCCGGGCCACACCGUUCACCUGGGCCGACGGCACCUACUACGACUGCCACGAAAACUGGGACGAGAAUGCCGGCAAGGUGUACACGGCUGUGAUAUUCACGGUGACCUUCCUGACCCCCAUGCUGGUGCUCACAUACACUUACUCGUCCAUCGGCUGGAAGAUGUGGCGCCACACGUCACCUGGGAACGCCGACAUCCGGCGCGACCAGCAGCAACUCACAGCCAAGAUGAAGGUUGUCAAGAUGCUGGCGACGGUGGUGGUGAUGUUCGCCGUGUGCUGGCUGCCGAUCCACCUGAUGAACUUGAUAUUGUACUUCGAUCGCGCCGCCAUGCAACCAGACACGGCCGAGCAGGAGUACCUGUACAUCGCGGCCUUCUUCUCCUGCCACUGGUUCUCGAUGGCGAACAGCUUCGUCAAUCCUAUAAUCUACUGCUUUAUGAGCGACAACUUCAGGGUUGACCUUCGACAGCUGAUGAUGAGCUGCUGUUCCCCGAUUGCGCAGCAAGCCAGUCGCACUCUGACCAAGCGCAGCUGCUCGCACGGCGGCUCCCUCCGAAGCAGCACGGUAGUAAUGUCAACUGCCGCUGCGGGCGUCAACCACGUGGGCGCCUCGAGCCUGCACCGGCCCCGACGUAGCAACCGUUUCCACGCCUCGUGCACUGUCAUGGUGCCCCUGCGCACCCUGGGUCACUCUGGACAGCAUGCGAACUCGGGCGGUGGCGUUGGCGUCGGAGACCCAUCCACCGGUGCUCCGAUUUUCGCAUAGAAAGAAAAAAAAAAAGGAAUCGCCACACUAUGUGGCCGCCACGUCCUCCCAAUGAAACUCAAGAAGCCUAGUGUGUUGAGAACGUUGCCUGAAUGCAUGGCAUGAGAUCGGCAACCUUGUGAAUCUCGAGUGGGCACAUGUCUUCUUUUUGACGAGAAUGAGUGCCAUCUGGCAUAGUGUUUACCAAUUGUCGCAGGCAAGCCACCAAUUACAGUCUCUCCAGCAGAACCAUGUGACAACGUUAUAUCCGUGUGAGUCAACGUCACCAGAUACAUUUUCGCUCUUCAGUGGUGUGAUACGAGAGUCACAGCUCCCUACUUACAGGGUAUAGAGUAUAGGGAGCUUGUGGGAUGUGUGAAACCGGGUGGAUGCUACUCUGCAUGCGAUGGAAAUGGGUGGAAAAAGGCACUAAGAGGCAGAGGAAGGAGAAGAGACAGCGAGAAAAAGAAAAGUGGAAAAGAAAAAGCUAAGCGCGUCGCACACUUGAUCCAUCAGUUUCUUUUUCCAAUCCUUCCUGUGCACUCUCUACUUCAUUAUCCUGUCAAUGUGCCCCCAUCGUACCCUUAUACAUAUCUGCCUUUCUUUUACUGUAAUAACGCAUGGCGCCCCUCCCCCGCUCCAUUUCCUCCUUCCGCACCAGGUCAGACUAUGCACGGGUAUGUGUAUAAGUCUACGGCACGCGCAAACUGUAGGUUAAUGAGCCAACACUGGUACCAGAAAUGUUGAAAAUCUCAUGUGCAGCGUGGCACACCUGUUAAUGUAUUUCAGGAUUCUCUGCUCAAAGCUAAGUGUUUUGAUAUGUCGCCAAGAUAGGUGCGUGAUGCCCUGUAAAGAAUAAAACCGACAGCAAUCGAGGCUUGAUUCGUAAUACUUAUCACAUGAAUGAAUUAGGGUGUUUGUAAAUGAGGUGGAUGGGGAGGUGGGAGGGGCUGAGGUUUCGCUCUGUUCUCGUCGGUCUAUUUUGUUUGUGAAGUCCUCUAAGGCAGCGAUUGCCGAAAUUUUUUAACAAGAUUUUUUUUGUAAGUGUGCCUCAUGAUUCCUUCCGCUACCGUUCUAACAUGUCAUGAUGCUACAUUUCCAUCAUAUGAUCAUAACGAGUGCUCAGAUAUUUUCGUAAAUAUGGGACCACGUGCCCUCUCCAGUUAUUCAUGUAGUCGAUCAGGUGACUUCUCUUCUGAAUGUUCCAUUCGUAAACGUUUUCGUAGCCAUUACUGAGAGAAUUCUGGGGACGUUCAUUUAGAAUCUUGAAGUUCAUGAAAGCUCAAUGUAGGACGGAAUGCUCGCGAUGUGCAUAGUUUGUGAAUUACGGUGUUCUAUUAGCUGUGGCUGUUACUCAUGCGUGGCAACAUGAAUCACGCCACUUAGUUACCUCACUUUGGGUAACAUUCACUUGCCACCAUCUUUUGUGUGUUCACAUGUUCAUGUAUUCACUACCAUAAAACAGCUUUGCUGAGUGAACACAUAUAGCUACGGAAACUGUAUCACGCACUUGCUGUAUUUAUGUAUAUUUCUCACCUGUACUUUGCAUCGAUCACACGGAAAGCGGAUAAGAUGAAGCCACAUAUUGCACGCUCCAUUUUUCAUUUAUCUAGCACACUAAAAACACAAAAGUUUGUUACGAUACUUCCGUUUCUACCAAUAUUCUGUGUUUUAGAUAUAAGCUAGGUGCUUUCAUUUGGCACCAGGCCUGCGCUGAUGAGCUCUGUUGGCUCAUCGUUGCCACACCCACCGUGGUUGCUCAGUGGCUAUGGUGUUGGGCUGCUGAGCACGAGGUCGCGGUAUCGAAUCCCGGCCACGGCGGCCACAUUUCGAUGGGGGCGAAAUGCGAAAACACCCGUGUACUUAGAUUUAGGUGCACGUUAAAGAACCCCAGGUGGUCGAAAUUUCCGGAGUCCUCCACUACGGCGUGCCUCAUAAUCAGAAAGUUGUUUUGGCACGUAAAACCCUACAAUUAAAUUUUUUUUCAUUGUAGCGACGGCCAAAUAUCAGCUCAUUUCUGUUCCAAAAUGCAGGCAGAAGCUCAAGAAUAGAAUGCUCAGCUCAUCACUUGGUGAUGGAAAAUAGAACGUACUAUCAUGUGCGUAGAAACGCUAUGUAAAGGUUACCUGGUGACAUCCAUCCCCCUUGCCAAACUAGUGAUGUUUAGUCUUCAAGUACUGACAUUUCUUCAGCCUAGCACGAUCAUAUGUCAUCUAUCAGCACGCCUGCAAAAAUGACAACAAUAUUUAUUCAAAAUAUAGGUUUGUGAUCACCAUGCAAAUGACUUUUCUGGUUGGAACAUGAUAUACAGUGGAUAGAGAAAGAAGAAAGAAAUCUUUCGAUCUCUAGGACCUAUCACUAUUAAAGUUCUAUCUGAUUAGCGUAACAGCAAUGCUGAGGCAACGGCCAGGAAAUAUGUAAUUAUAUAUGAGCAGUUUAUUUUUUCAUUAUCACCUAAGUCAGCCAUUAUCGUUAUGACUCUCAGAUGCAAAGAAAGGCUGUAGUCAGAGAGCCAUCUUAGCAAGUACUUUUAAUCUGAACUUCUUUCACUGUUUUUGUUGACUCUUUGUGACCUAAUUCAGAAAUAAGGAACCCUCUUUUGUUUUGUCGCUGCAGGUAGGUCAAAUGUUUCUGCUGCAAGGAGGAGGCAGAGGGCGAACAGUAGAUGUUGAACGCUCCGACUAAUACUGCUCUAAUUUCACACAUGUACCCGUACAAAGCAGUGACGUUUAACUUCAGAACGGUUGACUUUGAUUAGUUAACCGGUCCUAACUAAAAGAGCUUCGAUUCUUUUUGUUUCAUUGAAAAUUCCCUUGAAUAUAUCCUUUAUUGCUGUCCUAAGUUUCACAGGUUCACUUUGUACCCGCUGCGUCCUGUGGAAAUCUAAAGUUACAAGGAGAUUUUGAGGCGAAAGCAUCAAAUGGCCAUUGAGCGAAAAGGCUGGUGGCUGUUGUCUGAACAAGUGAAAAACGGCAUCUAAAUUCCCAUUGGCUGCGACGCUACGUCACGUUCGCCCAUCGACGCAGCAGUGCGGCCGAAAGGAAACACCUGCUGCGCCGCUAACGCACCGGGUGGAGAGGGCAUGGCCGUGACGUCACGUCACCCUCGCUCUCGGAAGCCUGUGUCAUCCGCGCGUGCCUUGUCCGCGCAAGCUCUCGCCUGAGUUCUGACUGCGCCUCGGUAAUCGCUAUAGAGAAAAUGUAUGAAAAGCAGAGUUAAUGUGAAAUGAAAGUAGUGAGUAGAACACUGCACGGGCCUCAUUCUUCAGCCUGCGCUCGGCGUGGGCCCGCUUCGUGCAGCCCGAGCCCAGCCCUGGCCCAGGCGUACAUGACCGAACCCAGCACGGCCCGUGCCCAUGGUUCGAAGCCCGGGCCUGUCCUGGCCUGGUCGUUCAUUACUAAGCUUAGCCAGGGCCUGCGUGUGCAUACCUAUAGGACCGGCCUGUAAGCAAAAAAAAGUAUCUUUUUACUUACAGGUUGUACCGCAUAUAUAAGCCUCACCUUCUCGGGGUCUAAUGAGAUUCAAUGUAAAAGACAAUAAAAGACCCAAAUCUUCGUUUCUCCCUUGGGAACGUCACUGAUCUUGCCCAAUACCUGUGCUGUUAUUUUUCCGCUUGUGCGCAUCCAUUUACCUUGAUCGUACGAUUUGGUCCCAUGAGGUCAUUUAGCAUGCGAAUAUAUGUGUAUAUAUACAUAUACAAACACGCGAAUUCACGAGCAUACAACAUAAAAUAAAUUCACAGAUAGAAGAUACAUUCCUUGCAUUAGCGCUAAAAUAAUAUAAUAGCAUCGAGGGUUGUAAUAGUGUAAUAGCAAAAGUGGAAACAAGGAAAUUGUUUGAAGAGCGGUUUUCUGUGUAAUUUAUUUUUCCUUACGCGAAAACAAUGCUACUUAGAAAGAAAUAUCCGUUGCUACGCCCGGUGUGACCAAAGCGGUGACGUCAAAAUCACCGCAGCUUACACGGGAGUGUUCGCAUUAGAUUCCAUGGCAAAGUCGGGUAAGGUGAUAUGACAUCACGGAUCGAAGUGCACCGGACUUGUGCUAUCUAGGUGGCGUGGGCCGAGCGUCUCAACGCGCGUUCUCUACCGCGAGGAGUUCCUAACUCUAAGGACCAUUCAGCGGCAUUCAAUCGAACAUUCAUGCUUUCGCACUCCCAACUCAUGGAAAAUGCUUACGUGUCAUCAAAUUUUUCUUGUUUAGGUCCUUUUUUCACUUUGAAAUAUUCCCUUGAACGCUAAAAAUGAGCUCCUAAAAAGUCACUGAUUCAGUUUAAAUAAAUCACGCAAAAUCUAUUCUAUUCAAAAUAAUUAACUGACGACAGUACCCGCUGCGGUCAGUUCGCAUCUGUAAUUCAUGACGUCGGGAUUCAGGUGCUUGUGCCUGUCGCAUCAUGUCUUUUGUCCGCUAUUUUGUACGCGAAAACCCGGCAUCAUGGUUUAAAGAAAAUGCGUAUUUCGACCUAGCGUGUGUCGGCGUCUCCUCCUGCCCGUUUCAGAACGUUCUGCUGGAAACUAAUUUUGCUAUGUGCAACCAACGAGCUCAGGCAAACAAUGUUCUGAAUAUUUCUAAUCACUAUUAGCUGGAACAUUUACAUUGCAGCACUGAAAUAUUCGACAGAAAAAUAAUGCCCCCAAAAAUCAAUCAUUAUUUAAUACGAGUUCAAGAUUUUAUCAGUUGGUAGUGAAAACAGAUAUGCCGAUUUCAUUUGCAAAGUGUACUUCGUAGAGCACUUGCAGGCAAAAGAUGGCAUCGGAUAUUUGUCAUGAAUAUUUAUGACAGUCGUCUCUGUUUUGGAUAAGAUUUAUUGAUGGAUAAAUUGUGUACAUUCCAGCCAAGCAUUAAUUUCAACGUGUCCUUGCUUUACACGCCUUAAAAGAAAGGAUUAACAGCACUGAAGUAUGUGUUUUCGUUACUUUACACAGCUGAACAGAGGAUUUCAAUAUUACACGACUGUCGGCUUCAAUGUAAUUACCAUCUUCUUUUUUUAUUUGGAAGAUCAAAUUUCUUCCUGCAGUCGCCACUAUUAAGGUUUCCUGUGCUAGUUCCAGGGUCGGGGACAAUCUGGCAACCUGCACCAAAUAUGUAAGGCAGUUUAAUUAACAAGCGAGAACGUUGCACGAUGCACAGGCAGGUCAGUUAAUCCAGAGUUGGGCACGGAGCGGCCGAGCUCUGUUUUCGAGCGAGGCGUUGACGAAGCGCCUGACGCACACGCCUGCCUUCUUCGCUACAGCACAUGUAAGGAAUACGAAUAAAAAUAGUAAAAUUGCAGUGUACAUUGCGGUAGCGCUCGCUCUUAGGCUAAGGCUCACAUGUUUAAACUAAAACGACAAGCCAAAGCUUUGACUUUGCAUGAGGAUGACGCCAGUGCAAACCCUUCUCUAGGUCACAGUUGGCGUGCGUUGUGGAGAAUUUUGGCUAACAUAAAAUAAAAUGUUCUGUAUAAUAGGGAAUAUGUCACCUCUUCUAAAUGAUUGCGUCGAUAAGAAAACAAAUGCGCCAAAAGCGAUGCCAUUGUAGCAUUUUGUACGUAGCAUCAUACGUAUGUAAUGUAUUAAACUACUAUUAGAAGUAUUGGAGAGGCAUUUGCCCUGCAGUGGGCGUGACCAGGCUGAUAAUGAUGAUGAUGAUGAUAAUGAUGAUGAUGAUGAUGAUGAUGAUGAUGGAAUAUAAGGCUGUUUGUGAUGCUGCAUUUUUGCAGUAUCUUAUUGUACCAAAUAGGUAACGUAUCGUCUGCUCAUUUUUACAACUGCAGCACGGGCAUCUUGCUGUCUGACGAAGCCAAUGGAGUGUGCACUACAGCCACACGUGUUUCAUACCUUCUAAUCACUCUAAAAACCUGUGAUCUGUAUCCUUACUUGCUCAUAUGGACUACGCCUUGAAAGUUUUAAGGCACAAGUCAAAAACUCCCAUGCACUAAUCCACAUAAGUUAUUCGAUCAACACGCCAUAGUUAUGCUAAGUGGGUGUGCGAUCUUUAAAAUUCAGUGGGUACACUUCAGUUGUUUUGGCUAUAAAGUAUAAAAACCAAUUUAUAGCCUCGGGGCUCAGAGUUUCAAGAGAUCAGCGAAUUGACAAGAAACAAAAUAAGCGUCAGCUAUCGUCAUUUCGGAAGCAAGAGCUGCGUAUUUAGGGUAUAGAAUGCCAGCUUAAAACCCAUGAAUAGAGCAUUUUACAAGUUUGGAGCCUUCCGACUAUUUCUACCGACUAUCGCGUGUGGCAAAGAGCGAAGAAAUUGUAUCGAAACGUCAUUCUCUUGGUUAACAACUUGUCAAUCUAUAUAAGGCUCCAUUGAAGGGUCCACUUGAUAACAUAAUUAUAGGUAGAUGUUCCAGUAUGCAGGAUCAAUAUUGUUGAAAUCACACUGUGUCGGGUUAACUUCCCCUUCCAUGAAUUUCAUCCGGGAUCUCACAUUUGGUACUUGUGCACUUCAGCCCUAGCAGUACAAGGCGUAAGACCGUCUCCGCCUACCGAAUUCGCGUCCGGCGCCAUCAACUAGCAAAAGCAUAACCUUUAGGACCCGCGUUUUAAAUCCAGAGGGCGCCACCCUUGAGUGGUGAAUUUGUAUACCACCUGUUUUUACAACGUAGUUCCGGGACCGUUAUUCUUUCUCUUUGCUGCGUUCUUGGUUAAUUCUGUGAUUUCACGAGCAGCGCAUGCCUCCUCAGUUUCUACGUUUUGAUUCGUCAUCGCCCCUGCGUGCGCGGUCUCAUAACAGAAUUAUAAGCGCCACUUUUCACCGCGUUUCCUGUGUUGGGCACAUGCGGCGUGAAAUUCGCGUUUUCGAUGUUUAAUUAUGUUCUCACUUGCCUUUUUGAUCACCGCGAUCGCAGUGUGCCUGAAAGCAUCUAAAUGUGAUAUUACAGCGAAGCUUUUUAGGGGAGCGGCGCAACAGUUUUCUUGAAGCGAUAAAGGCCGGAUUGCGACGGCGUGGGCGAUAUGGACUGUAAAUGCAGCCCAUCAGGUGUCGGAGCCUCGAAUUUGCAUUGAAACGUAAUGAUCAACAAUUUAAAAUAAAAGGUAUCUAGGGCAUACCUCAAUGAAUUUUUUUUCAACAAUAUGCAAUUUCUGUUUCUCAUGUCGCGUUAUGUACGGAUUCCACGUUGGAUGUCAGCUAGGAGUUUGUGCGGCUGCGGCAGUGAAAGCUGACGGUGUGUUGAUGCAACGCAGCUUUUGUGGGAGUGGUCACUUAGAACAGCCAGCCACGACUAAACCCGAACGCAGCUGCAGUUGCUGCUGCACCGUGAGCCACAAAACAACCCCCUUUUACUUUCGAAUGGUCUGAGAACUCCCUAAUACAGCUCCGCCGCCUUUGAUGAAUCAUGUGCUCAGACUAGCGUACGUCAACGAACGAUUUUUUUUCCGAUGAAAGUGUAAAGAAAUGGGCAGUAUUCCUUUCUGGCAAUCAGAUUAAUUAUCUGAGGUUCUUGAGGAGCAGUGCUAUAAAUGUUCAAGUUGCUUCAGAGAACCGCCGCGCUCUGCGGACUGUUUUUGUUAGCAAUGGAAAUUGCAAUUCACAUUUUAUAAUUGGGCAUAAAUGUCGCCAAUUGACUCGCCUAGAAACAAGUUAUGAUGCAUUCUGCCAGUAGCAUUAGCACCAUUUUUCCUCUCAGAAUAUCUUAAUAAACAAGUUUGCAAGAGCCUAUCUCAGCAUUCUCAUUGCAGCAAGUGUAAGAAACUUGUUUGUUAAACUAUUUUAGCAUUGUGAAUAACUUAUUGCAUGACUUCAACCAAACCCCUAGCCCAACUUUCAACCGUGGGCCACAAGGAAGUGCUUGAGAUUUUCUCCCCAAGAUUACUGAGAAAUUGAACAGCCUUUCUCGCGAUAAUUACGUUUACUGAAUAUAUAUAACAUGUCCCUGAGAAGCUGCUUGCAUUUCCUGGUUAAUGCAUAGCUAAACAGGCGCACUGCGUGCUAACAGUCCUGAGAAACUCAAGUGGUCGACUUUUAAAAAUUUUUAUGUGUUGGCCACCGAAAAACAACGUCGGCGUGGACGCAACUCAAGUACAUUGUGCACUGAUUUUCGAUUACUGUUGAAAACCACAGGAAAGAAAAGAAAAAGAACACAAAUCACAGAAAGAUGGGAAAAGUAGAAUAAUAAUAAGAUAAAAGGCUAAGAUGUCGGCCUCAGCAAGCGUGCUGUAGCCAACUACUUAGCGUAUAUAAAUAAGAAAAAUAAAACACAAGAGAACAAAUAGGCAAAUGUAGUUAUUCUGAUAUAAAAUCUAAUAUUUUUGCAUAACAGCCGCGGUGCCGGCCCACCCUGCUUGUUAGAGUAGAUAAGGUGCUGAAAUGACGUCCUUCCAAAGAAAAACUACGCGCAGGU